AUGCGUAUUCUGUUGGAAAUAAUGUCAAAUAAUAUAUCAACAAAAUAUUUAAUUAAUGGAAUAAUUGAAAAUAAUGGACAUAAAAUGAAUAUAAAUGAAUUUGGUGACCGUGUCGCAUAUGUCAACGCACAAAAUGUUUAUCCUUGGCUUACAGUAGCACAAACUUUAUAUUUACAAAGUUUAUUUGUCACCUCUGAUAGGAAUACUUUUAAUAAUGUUAAUAUGAUGGAGCAACUAAUUCAAACAUUAGCACUUUCAUCAAUUCGUAAUUUUCUUUGCAAUGAAUUAACAAUCGCCGAACGACAACGUUUGAAAAUUGCACAAGAUGCAUGUAGCACUUUCAUCAAUUCGUAA